AUGAAUCUAUAUAUUUUUGAAAUACAGGUUAUAAAUCGUUCAACAACAGAGCUACCUCUUACAGUGUCAUAUGACAAAAUAUCUCUUGGAAAACUCCGAUUUUGGAUCCACAUGCAGGAUGCUGUGUACUCCCUCCAGCAAUUUGGAUUUUCAGAAAAGGAUGCAGAUGAAGUGAAAGGAAUUUUUGUUGAUACUAACCUUUACUUUCUGGCUCUGACAUUCUUCGUAGCAGCAUUCCAUCUUCUCUUUGAUUUCCUUGCAUUCAAAAAUGACAUAAGUUUUUGGAAGAAAAAGAGGAGUAUGACUGGGAUGUCUACAAAAGCAGUGCUUUGGCGGUGCUUUAGUACUGUGGUAAUAUUUCUUUUCCUUUUGGAUGAACAAACAAGUAUAUUGGUACUGAUCCCAGCAGGCAUUGGUGCACUUAUUGAGCUAUGGAAAGUGAAGAAAGCCCUGAAGAUGACAAUCAAGUGGCAAGGCUUGAGACCCAAAUUUCAGUUUGGUACCUACAAUGACUCUGAAAAGAAAACUGAGGAGUAUGAUGCCCAGGCUAUGAAAUACUUGUCAUAUUUGCUCUAUCCACUGUGUAUUGGAGGUGCAGGUUAUUCCUUGCUGAAUGUCAAAUACAAAAGCUGGUACUCAUGGUUGAUUAACAGUUUUGUCAAUGGAGUGUAUGCUUUUGGAUUCCUCUUUAUGCUGCCCCAACUGUUUGUAAACUACAAGAUGAAAUCUGUUGCACACUUACCAUGGAAGGCUUUCACAUACAAAGCAUUCAACACCUUUAUUGAUGAUAUAUUUGCUUUUAUCAUCACUAUGCCAACAUCUCAUAGGCUGGCAUGCUUUAGAGAUGAUGUUGUGUUCCUGGUCUAUCUUUACCAAAGAUGGCUUUAUCCUGUGGAUAAGAACAGAGUAAAUGAGUUUGGAGAAUGUUACGAAGAAAAGACAAAAAAAAAAGCUCAUAGAGAAUAACUAAAAAUUGAAGAAGAUUCUGACCCCUGGACUCUUACUUGCUUUGUGUAUUAUCUGGUCUUAAGGAAAGAAAAACUUAUUUAAUAAGAGUAUUUUUAAAACCUAUGACAGAACUACAUGGACAAUACAUCUUCUAUAUUGCCAAAAUCUAGUUUUGAUAUCCUCCUGUUUCAAGACCCUCUUUUGUCCUCACAAGACCCAAAGUCUGCCAGAUGUCAUUAUAUAAACUUCCUGCAUUUCAGCUUCUCUUCAGUGAAAGCCUAAGCGUCCUCACCAUGGUAAUUAAGAUCCAAAUCUAUGUUUUUAAGACUACUCGUUAACUGAAAGUGUGGUGCCCACACCACUAGGCUAUGAAAAGUGAAAAAAACAAGACAACGUGUUACAAAAGAAUCGAACAUUAUUGCCAAACUGGAGGCUGUCAAAAAUAAAAGGUAUAAUAUUGGAUUAAUUACAAAUCAUUCUCAUUUGAUGAUGGAGAUAAUGAAAAUUCUAGAAAUUGUGACUUCAUAACUUAAAAAAUACAUUGUUGGAAAUAAUACAGUGAGACAGAUGAGAGGUUUUUAACUUCAGAUUCUGCCACAUUUUUGAUCCACAACACAGCAGAGGGUUUCAGUUGUCUUAAACUGAAUGAAGGUGUGACAAAAACUGUAACAUGAUUUCUUUCAGUAUGCAUCCAAGUUUACAUAAAUCCUUCUGCAUUGUGGACAAACCUGAUUUCUUGGCAUAGCAGGUAUUCAUAUAAUGCAAAUCAUUGUUAUGUACUAGGAAAGUCUCUUAACACAUCUUAAAUUCUUCAUCAUUUGGUACCCCAGUGACCUACUAGGUUAAUUCUGUCAUGUUUCAAAGGGAAUAAUUCCUUGGUCUUUUCUCCUCUCCCUCCCCAUCCUGCCCCAUCCUAUUUAUAAGACGAAAUAUGCAUCAUUCAAGUGGAAUAAAUUUGCCUAAAUACAAUACAGGUUCAACAAACUACCCAAAUACAGAGAAAAAAACCCCAGCCUGGUGAAGAACAGGUAUGCUUUUGCACAAUUUAAAUUCCAUAUUCCAUGAAAAUAGAAUUCAUUAAGGCAGGUAUUUGAUCUGUUUCUUUCAAACUAGUAAAAAUAAUUAGGUUGAAUUAUUACACCAUAAUAGAAACUUCACAGCUAUCAGCUAUAUCUAGAAACCAUGGUUCUAAAUUUUAAAAAGCAAGUUUCUUAGUAACAGUGAAAUACAGAAUGCAUUCCUUUCAGCGUCAAAUAAAAUGUCAUUAAAAUGAUUCCAGAAGGCAAAAUUCUAGUUUCCAAUUUGAGUUUUGCUUUCGUCAGUAUGUUUACAAACUAACCCUAGUGAUUUUUAAGUUUCUUCAAUUGCAUGCUGUUUGUGCAAAGCUUUUAAACCUCAAUUUGUCAUUGAUGGAAAAUAUUCACUGAAUAACUUUGAAGAACACAGGUCAACUCCUACGGUCUGUAACUGCUUAAUGAAGUGGAUUUUAUCCAGUUUUGAUACUGCGAAAGUCUGAAUGGAUAAAUAUUUGGGUCCCCAAAAGAUUAGGAAAUGUGCCUAAUUUCUUUUGUCACAGGCAAAAGAAAUGUCAGUAUGUCUCUCCUAUAUUGAAGUCCUCCUUAUGUGCUCCUGGCAAUGGAAAGGAGUCUUGAAGUAAAUAUUUAACUCUAGUUAAUGUUAAAGUCUCUUUACGCUCUUAAUUGUAACUAAGGAGGACUGUUAAUUUUAGCACACACGUAAGUAAGUCUAUGCAAAACUGGGGUUGCAUUUGCUGUCUUGUACCCGUUUUGAAUUUGUUUGGAAUGAGCUCUUUUCUGUUAAGCAAACUAAUUUGUGGCUCCUAUUUCACAAUAAGUUAAAUAUGUGUGAAAAAUUUUCCUGAUAUAAAGAAUGCAUAUAGCACGUUCCCUUUUUGUGCCAUUUCAAAACAUCCAAGUCACUGAUUCUUCUAGAGUAGCUUCUGAAAAUCCAGAAUGCAUAUUUGGGUAUUUCUAGUGUUUCAUCACUCAUUUUUAUAUGUAGCUGUUGAAAAAUUGCUCUUGCACCUUUACAUACUGUGAGUUUAUUGGUCCUCUGUCUUGCAUUUCUGACGACAGUGACUUCAUAAUAUCCUAUACAAUAGUCAUAAAGCAUAUAAAAUUAGAAUAUUUUAAGUCUUUAAAUGAGCAAGACUUUCCCGUUCAAGUCAUUGUUUUAUGCAUUCCAUUUCCAAAUAAAAGACUUGUCAUAC